UAUAAAUCUAACGUCCACAAAAACACCUAAGGUCUUUAGAUAUUUUAUGAUAAGAAAUUUCAAAAGUUAUGACAGAAAAAUCCAUUUAUUAGCAAAAAAGGAAGCUCACGAUUCUUGGACCUGUAGCUGAUGAGAUAAGGAAAUAAGUAAUAACACUGACUUUUAGUGGAAGCAAAGUCGAAAUUUAACACACAUGUAUCUGUUUUCUUCUAAUAAUACUUGUCUUUUUGUUGUUUGUUGUUUAUAUGUAUAUUCAAAUACUUCUCAGCGACAUCUGAUUGGAAACUAUUACCGACCACCAGUUUAAAAUUGAUUAUUUCAAACUAUUACAUCAUGUUUUUUUGUUAGUACAUAUCAAAAUCUCAUUUUCUAUUCUCCCUGUAAAUUUUAAUUUCAUCAAAGAGUUUUCAAUCUUAUUGAUUCAUCAGUCUGUGAUAACAAAAGUCCAACUAACUAGCCUGUCAGUGUUUCAAAAAAAAACUAGCCUGUCUUCUUGUUUUGAGUUCCAUUCUACGUUUUCAUCUUUGUUGUUAUUGUUACGUAAGCUAAAUCAUGGCCAAAUAAGAGAAUCAAAUAUCCCAAGACAAUAUAAUAUUUCUCUUGGAGAUUUGGAGUAAAUAAAUUUGAUUAUCUCUAUGCUAUAUAUUAGUAUCCCGUUGUGUAUGAUUACUGAUCAGUUUCAAAUUCGAUAACGAGUGUAUAUAUGAGUUCUAAAUGAGCAAAAAAAAAUCAUACUAUUGUUGUAAUCAAAUUGAUUAUAGUAUAUAGAUUUAUUAAAAUACUGGUGAAACAUUUAUAAAAAAAAAGAGUAUUAUAAUAGACUAGGUUUUGCGAUAGUCUUAAUUUGCAUGCUUUCAAAAUAUUUUUUGAACAUCCUCUCUAGCUUAUGUAUUUUCACCUUUUUACAUUAGCUGCUUUAGUUUUUUUUUUUAAUAAGGUGCUUAGUUUGGUAAAGAGAACUUAACAAUUCCCCAAAAAAACGAAACCUGAUUCACAAGAAACCCCCUCACAAAAAGGAGAGAAUCCACUGUAGCUUCAUGAAUGAACUCUCCUACCCACCUUCUUCACAUUCCUCUCUUUCUCUUCUAUACUAUAAAACAGCUCUCUCAUUUCUCCACGAUAUCGUAUUCGUUCAAGCAAAUCAUCAUCAACAUUCAACAGAGAAAAAGAAGAAGAAAAUGUCGGACUGGGGACCGAUUCUAGUGACGGUGAUACUCUUCGUGAUGCUCACGCCAGGACUUCUGUUUCAGUUGCCUGGACGACAAAGAUACGUUGAGUUUGGUAAUUUUCAGACAAGUGCCGUCUCCGUUAUGGUCCAUUCCCUUCUCUACUUCUCCCUUGUCUGCGUCUUCCUCCUCGCCCUCAAAAUUCACAUCUACAUUGCCUAAUUGUUGUAACCCCUUUAAUUUAUUCUGUGUGUUUUCUUUUAGAAUUUUAACCUUAAACUCGUUUUUCUAUCGGACCCUUUUGCUUUUAUGUGUUUACCUUUUAUCUUCUUGUAAACGCAAAAAUUCGUAUUUAUUAUGAUUUAAAUAACAAUGUCAUUAGUUAUUUGUUUGGCA